GAUUUUAUCUCAUUUGGCUCUGGAGAGCCACCAGCCAGCGAGUACCAUUCCUUUGUGCUUUAUCAUAACAAUGGUCCCAGAUGGGCUGAGCUGCUGAAACUUCCUAUUCCUGUGGAUAAAUUCAGAGGAGCACACAUCCGCUGUGAAUUCCGGCACUGUUCCACAAAAGAAAAGGGUGAGAAGAAGUUGUUUGGCUUUUCCUUCGUGCCCCUGAUGCAGGAAAAUGGGAGGACUCUGCCAGAUGGCACCCAUGAACUCAUUGUACACAAGUGUGAAGAAAACACAAACCUUCAGGAUUCUGUUCGCUACCUCAAACUCCCAUUUUCAAAGGGAAUUUUCCUAGGAAACAACAGCCAAACAGUAAAAACCACUAAAGAGUCCUUCUGGAUUACGUCCUUUCUCUGCUCCACUAAACUUACACAAAAUGGAGAUAUGCUUGACCUUCUGAAAUGGAGAACCCACCCAGACAAAAUUGCAGGUUGCCUCUCAAAAUUAAAAGAAAUUGAAGGUUCAGAAAUAGUGAAGUUUCUUCAAGAUACACUAGACACUUUAUUCGGCAUUUUAGAUGAAAACUCUCAAAAAUAUGGAUCAAAAGUAUUUGACUGUUUGGUUCACAUAAUAAAUUUGCUGCAGGACAGCAAGUUUCACCACUUUAAGCCAGUUAUGGACACGUACAUUGAAAGUCAUUUUGCAGGAGCACUUGCAUACAGAGAUCUUAUAAAAGUCCUAAAGUGGCAUAUUGAUCGAGUCACUGAAGUAGAGCUGCACGAACAUAUACAGGAAGUACUGAAGGCACAGGAAUAUAUCUUUAAAUAUAUAGUUCAGUCUCGAAGGUUAUUCUCUAUUGCUACUGGUGGACAAAAUGAGGAGGAAUUUCGCUGCUGUAUUCAAGAACUUCUUAUGUCAGUACGCUUCUUCCUUUCCCAAGAGAGCAAAGGAGCUAGUGCUUUAUCCCAACUACAAGCUGUGUUUCUGAGCUCAUUCCCAUCAGUGUACUCUGAACUUUUGAAGCUCUUUGAUGUAAGAGAAGUGGCAAAUUUGGUUCACGAUGCUCUGGGUAGCUUGCCAACCGUCAUGCAUGGAGAUGAGUCCCUUCAAGCUGUUAAACUGCAGAGUAUUGGGAAAACUGUAGAGAGUCACUUGUACACUAACCCAGAUUCUCGGUAUAUUCUUCUUCCGGUAGUUUUACAUCAUCUCCACAUGCAUUUACAAGAGCAGAAGGACCUUAUAAUGUGUGCACGUAUCCUUAGUAACAUAUUUUGCCUCAUCAAGAAGAACAGCUCAGAAAAAUCUGUCCUGGAAGAAAUUGAUGUGAUUGUAAACAGCCUGCUAGAUAUUCUGUUAAGGACCAUACUAGAAAUCACCAGUCGACCACAACCAUCAGGCUCUGCUCUGCGCCUCCAGUUUCAAGAUGUGACUGGGGAAUUUGUCUCCUGUUUGUUGUCACUCUUGCGACAAAUGACUGAUAGACAUUAUCAACAGCUUCUUGAUAGCUUCAACACAAAGGAAGAUCUGAGGGAUUUCCUGCUGCAGAUUUUCACUGUAUUUCGGAUACUAAUACGACCUGAGAUGUUUCCAAAAGACUGGACAGUGAUGCGCUUGGUUGCAAACAAUGUGAUCAUUACUACAGUUUUGUACCUUUCGGAUGCCCUUCGUAAAAACUUCUUAAAUGAAAACUUUGAUUACAAGAUAUGGGAUUCCUACUUUUUUCUUGCUGUCAUUUUUAUAAACCAGCUAUGUCUACAACUAGAGAUGUUCACACCUUCCAAGAAGAAAAAGGUUUUAGAAAAAUAUGGUGACAUGCGGGUAACAAUGGGAUGUGAAAUCUUCAGCAUGUGGCAAAAUUUAGGGGAACACAAGCUUCACUUUAUUCCAGCAUUGAUUGGCCCCUUCCUGGAAGUGACCUUGAUCCCUCAGCCAGACCUGAGGAAUGUAAUGAUUCCCAUUUUCCAUGACAUGAUGGACUGGGAGCAAAGGCGAAGUGGCAACUUUAAACAGGUGGAAGCAAAACUGAUUGACAAACUGGACAGCCUGAUGUCGGAAGGUAAAGGUGACGAAACAUACCGAGAGCUCUUCAACAGUAUAAUUCCACUUUUUGGUCCUUAUCCUAGUCUACUGAAGAAAAUUGAGCGGGAAACAUGGAGGGAAAGUGGCGUUUCAUUAAUUGCCACUGUAACUCGCCUCAUGGAGAGGUUACUGGACUACAGGGACUGCAUGAAAAUGGGAGAAGUAGACGGCAAAAAGAUUGGCUGCACUGUUAGCCUUUUGAAUUUUUACAAGACUGAACUGAACAAGGAGGAGAUGUAUAUUCGCUAUAUUCAUAAGCUGUAUGACCUACAUCUGAAAGCACAGAACUUCACAGAGGCUGCCUACACACUCCUGCUGUACGAUGAGCUGUUGGAAUGGUCUGAUCGUCCACUGAGAGAGUUUCUCAACUACCCAAUGCAAACAGAGUGGCAACGUAAAGAGUGUCUCCAUCUGACUAUCAUUCAAAACUUUGAUCGGGGAAAGUGUUGGGAAAAUGGCAUUAUCUUAUGCAGGAAAAUUGCAGAACAGUAUGAGAGCUACUAUGACUACAGAAACCUCAGCAAGAUGAGGAUGAUGGAAGCAUCUUUGUAUGAUAAAAUUAUGGAUCAACAGCGUUUGGAGCCAGAGUUUUUCCGAGUUGGAUUCUAUGGGAAAAAGUUCCCAUUCUUCUUGAGA